GUGAUUUGUCACGGAUCCAAUAUCGAUUCGUGUUUCAGAUUAACUCUUUUUUCUGCAUAGUUUCGUGAGAAAUAAACAAGAAAAAUCGUGCUGUGCAAUGGCGGCUGCCGAUCUUCAAGAAAAGGAAAAUUUUACGAGACUCACCAGAUUAUUAGUUGAUAAAGGAAGUGAAGCUUUGAGAAAUGAAUUUGAUGCUAUCCAUCCUCCUGCUAAUUUACCUGUGGUUCUUGCUGCCAGGCAAAAAUCUCUGCUAAGGUUAAAGUUUCGAGUUAUUAAUAAGUCCCAGUGGGAUUUACUCUACCCUCCAUCCGGCAAACAUCCAGAUUCCAAAACCUUUGAUGUUUCAUUACUCACUGUUCUAUUCCGAAACAUUUGUGGCUUACCAUCGACAGGAUGGGAUGCAAUGCCUCUUGACAGUGAUAGGUCCACGCAAGCAAACAUCAUAAGAAUCAAGACAUUUCGAAAUGAAGUCUAUGCACAUGCGACGUCGACUCGAAUGGAUGGCGCAACAUUUGAAUCUUUGUGGAUGAAAAUUGCCCAAGCAUUGGUUGAGUUAAACAUUCCGCAGGAAGAUAUUGAUGAAUUAAGAGAAUCUCCAUUAUCCUUGGAAGGAGAUAAUUCGUUGGAAGUACUGAAGAAUUGGAAAUUUAAUGAUCAAGAAUUGCUGAAAACGGUAAAGGACCUCAGUAAUGAUGUAAAGGAUAUGGCAAAAAUGACUAAAGAGAACCGCGAUGCAAUCAAGAAAAUCUGUCAGCUAAGCAUGCAGCAACAAAGUGUCAAAGAAACGUUCGAACAUUCAACAACAUGUCCUCAAAUUCAAGAAAAUACAAAUAUUGAGAUAAAUCGGCACAAGGAUGAAGAUCUUUUGCAAAAUAUCGCAAAGCAUAAUUUUGAGGGUAAAAUCAGAAAAAAGGUGAAGUAUUUUUUGCCUGGCACAAGAGAGUGGCUACUUAAGAACGUGGACGAUUGGUUUACUGGGAAUGAGCAUGAUUCAAAAAUAUUGUUACUGACAGCGGGGCCCGGUUUUGGAAAAAGUGUAUUUGCAGCAAAAAUCUGUGAAGUUUUCAGAGAGAAGGAAAAGUUGGCUGCUUGCCAUUUUUGUGACUUCAGCGAUGGAAAUCUGAGGGAUCCUAUGACGAUGCUGCAGUCUCUCGCAAGUCAAAUGUGCAAGAAUGUCGAUGGGUUUAAAGAGAAGCUUCUCGAUCAAUUAAAGCGGCCUAAUAAAAUCCAAACUAUAAAAGAGGCCUUUCGAAUAUACUUACAAAACCCCCUGGAUGAAUUAGAACUGGAAGAACCCAGUUUAGUCGUGAUCGAUGGUUUGGAUGAAAGUGCAGCAGAUAACAGAAGUGAAAUUGUGAAUUUGAUUGCUGAUUAUUUUUCAGAACUUCCAGAUUGUAUAAAAUUCUUGGUGACAAGCAGGCCAGAAAUAUCUAUAGCAAAACUCGGGGAUCUUCCGAAGAUCAAUAUCACAAACAGUGAUGCCAACAAUAACCUAGAUAUUCAAAUUUAUCUUGAAUCUUGUCUUCCAAUUUUGCGUGAAAAGGACGAAGAUAGUUAUCGAAGACUUGCGAAGAUGUGCGAAGGCUCGUUUUUGUAUGCCUAUCAUGUCCAAUCCGAACUGCAAAAACGGAGUGAUCUUGCCGACUUAACACUGGAUGAAAUAGUUGAUUUUCUCCCUAAAGGCCUUGCCUCUGUUUAUCACGCUUAUUUUCGACGCCUUGAAGACGAACUAAAGGCCAUGAAUCGCGGAAACCUUGAUGUGAUAACAAUCUUGCAAAUGUUAGCGGCGUAUAAAGAAGCUCUUCCCCUCACUUUCGUCGCUCAUGCACUUGGACUCGCUCCCAAUUGCCGUGAAACCAAGACAAUCAUUAACAAAGUUAAUGAGUCAUUAUCCUGUUUGCUGUAUGUUGAUGGUGAUUCCGUUACAAUUUUCCACAAAUCUGUUGUCGACUGGCUUUUAGCACAGGGAUACCAAGAUCACGAGUAUACCGUCACCGUCAAUGAUGGAAACAAAUUGCUUUGGCUGACCUGCGAGCAAACAAUUAAAAAAUUUAUUGAAAAAAUUCCCACUUCGAAUGAUCUCAUCGAGACUUAUGGUGAAUCGUAUGCACUAACUUAUGGUUUCUAUCAUCUAACUGAAUGCGAUAUGAAGGAAAGUUUUUUUUGGUUGGUGGACGUGGUUAUGGUAUAUCACUUCAUACGCAUAUCCCCCAGCAAACAGAUAUGGUCAUUGUUUUACUUAUGGAACGAUAUUCUUCCUGUUGAGCCGAUCUUAAGCAAUAAACAGCUGCAAGCACGAAUUUCGUGGCAUAUUAUUGAGUUGGAAUAUCUUCAGAAAAAUAUGGAGUGGACUGAAAACAGUCUUUCUUUGUCUUAUUUAAAAAGUGUUCUUACGCAUUCUCCUAAAGGCUGUUUCAGCGAUGAAGAGAAAAGGAUUGCUCAGUCGAUUUUAUUGACAUCUUCAAGCUUUUUGGAAAAUACAUAUGAUAAAUAUGACGUUGAGGUAAUACCACUAACCGUCUGGUUUGCAAGGGAAAUGAUUGAAGCUGUUGGUGUAUCUGGAAAUAAAACAAUGGCAGCUGUAGCUUUUAAUAAAAAAACUAUAUCCGUGGUGUCUAUACCAAGACUGGUUGAACUAUGGGAGUGUACAAUCGAAGGCGUAUCCAGCAUUCCUUGUUGUAUUUUUGCUCCAGAUGAUUCUUUUAUUCUGUACGGUAAACUUGAAACGGCUCUUGACAUUGCCACGAAAAAGGAAGUACCGUUUUUCACUGGAAUUUCGGAAGGCUUUGUGUCGUGCGCAUUUUCCCGUAACGGCAAGAGGUUAAUAACUAGCAACCGUUCUAAAACAAUCAAAUUAUGGGACAUUGUCCACCAAAGAAUUAUCACUACACUUCAAGCUGACAAUCCUGUUAAUUGGUGCUCUUUUGAUAUUACGGGUCUGUAUAUCAUGGCGCACAAGAAAACUGACGUAGAAGACGAUUUUAAUGACUUUGGUUUUGAAGUAGAUCAGUCUUCCAACAGAUCGUCUUUUGACGAAGAUUCUUUCAUGUAUGAUCGUGACUCGGGCACGCCUUGUUUUCAGCCUUUCGAGUUGGAAGCCGAAAAGUCUCCCGGUGAAGAAAAUGAUGAAAACGAAAUAUCCUCCGUUGGAAACUCUGACGAAGACGAUGAGUCUUUCGUUGAACGACCUGAAGCAGGACAAAAUUUUUGCGUUUGGAACACUUUUACACGGCAAAGAUGCGAUGAGCGAGUUUUACCGGAGAUUAAGAUUGAAAAUGCAUUACAUAGUAACCUAUGUAAACGUUGUUUUCGACCUGGAUUUAUGAUGCCACCGAGCUUCAAAAGGUUCAAAUAUUCGAAUAUAUCACUUUCCUUACUAUGUGAUGAAGGUGUGUCCACCGGGAUUUACAAUAGUCUCCAGUGUUGUUUUGCAUUGAAAGACCAGUCUUUAAACGUUAUAGAGAACACCCAUGGCACCACGCUUGCUCAUGGCGACAUUUUUAUCUCUGACUCUCGUCAAUACGCGGAUGAAGACGAUAGCUGUGUAUACGAUAACAAAUCUAGAGAAAUAAUGAAGAUUGAUAACAAUCUCUUGCUGUACUCAGACACCAUGAAACUGGUUGUGUUGAGAUGGUCUGAGCCAACUGUCCAUACAACUGUUUGUUACAGUUCAUUCUCUCCAGAUAGCUCUCGACUAGCAACUUGCACCUCAGAUGGAUACAUCAACAUAUGGAAUGUCGAUAGAAGGCGAGUUGAGCAACGUUUCAAGGCAAAUCAAGGUGGGAUGCCACUUCUUUGCUGGUGGUCAAAAAAGUUCUUGUUCGUAUUUAAUUUCUUCAACAAGAUUCCUAGCUUAACGAAGUAUCCGAUUGGUAAAAAUUUUCAAAUCUCACUCAAUGAAAGCCAGCAGAUAUCCCUGGUUCAUUUACGCCAAGAGUUCGUAUACGUAAGACAAGUGGUUGAUUUCACCGGGGGUUUGCUCUGCGUCCACUGCGGCAAAAGAAAACCUGUAAAAAUGCUUGAUGUCAACGCAAGGGAUGGACCACAAUUCAUCGCUUUACCUGGCAUUGAGCCUAUGAUGAAUACUAAAGUUUCGCCUGAUGCUUCCUUUGUCUUUGGUGGGGGAGAAGAUGUCUUUUACGUUUGGAAAAGAAAUACAUCGAACGCUGUUGCGUAUGACGUCUUUUAUACUCAUCGACAAACUAAUCGACAGUCAUUUGGCAGAAGUCUAACAGCGUGCUUCAGUAACGAUUCUAAACUUGCCGUCAUCGCGUAUGGAUGCAGGGGUUUAGACCACGAUGCCGUUACAAUUCUCCAAUUAGACACAGGUAAUCACGAAGAUAUACCCAUUCGUUAUUUUCAUGGAGAAUACCUGUAUUGUAUCAAGAAGAGUAGAGUUAUAGUUACGGCGAAGACACAAUUAUUAAAAUUUAUUGACAUGGAUUCCGGUGCGCUUAUUCGGUCUUCCUUUCAACGGUAUUUCAGCAACAACUUAGUUGCACAUAUGAAACUUUCCCCAAACGAAACUAUCCUAGCUUCUCCCAAAUCAAAUGGUGAUAUGGAUUUUCUUCGCCUGUCUAUUCCACAAAACCCUUUGCUUGAGAAGAUAAAAAGAAACCCAGCUAUCGAAUGGCGACAAAGAGUGCAACGGUUUCGAACGACAUACGAGCAAAAAUUUGGCUAUACUCCACAAGGGGAUAACUCCAGGAGUUAUUACAUGAUAUAAAUCGUCUACAAAACACGGUUCACAGUUACGUGUAAUCGAAAUUUUUGCUAUAAAAAUAUUGAACAGUGGAAACUGGUAAGAAUCGGCAAAUUCGUGUAGCGGCUAGACUUUGCUUGGAGCCGGUCUAGAAUGAACAAUUGGCAACUGAUAGCUCUCAUUUGCCUCUCUAACUGGGGUCACAGGCUACAGCCUGAAAGUUCAUUUAUUGACAUUGUGGUCGUGAGCGAGAUUAUAUUAAUCAUAAUAAGCAGAGUUCAGUUAACGACCAAAAAAAUAAAAUUUUGACUUUGCAUUCAUCUCGCAAGAGGCAUGUUAUGUUUUUAGCAAGAAGUAAUAGAGACCUUCAAUCACGCUGUCAACUCGACGACAGGAUUGCCCAAUGGAAAGGCCCAAUGGAAGACACAAGACAUGAAUCUCGACACAACGAUACAUGAAAGCUCGCUGUGACGUGAGAGUUGUUUUAUUAUACGUAAAGCGGAUAGCAAUAUCUGCAAGACUUUUGCAAAAAUGAUAUAUUUGUGUUUCGAUUGUGGCGGGGCGGACGAGCUGAGCACGUCGUAAGCCGCGCUUGAUAUAUGAUUAUAAAGCACCUUUUCAAAGAAAGAUAAAAUACUUGUUAAACACUUGUAUUUGUUUUUCAUGUUUUAUUGUAAGAAGUAUAGUAAUGCAUCAGGAUGUUAAUUAGUUUCAAUGAUUUUAUACAAACUGUUUUACCAUACUUUCGAAUCGAUUCGAAUCGUCAUAUUGAUGAAAUUUCGGCUAGAUCUUUACAAUCCUGUCUACGUAACCGUCUGUAUUGGCAUCUCUAUACGUAACCGUCUAUAUUGGCAUCUCUGAAGUGAACUUCAAACCUUCCACGGGGAUAUAGGGCAUCAGAAACAUUUCCGUUAAAAAAGUCAGUUAUGACAAUCCUGUAUCUAUAUAUUUCACCAUAAACAAUCCCAAAUACAAUUUUUUUUU